CUAAAAUAAGUGUAUGGAACAUGAACUUAACCUCAUUUAUAAGUUAUGUUGAACGUGCUUUGAUUAUUCUUCAUCAUUUUACUUUCAAUUUGCAAGCAGUAUAUUCCUAAUGGUUUAUAGAAGGAAAAAGACUCAUUACGGAGACACACAUUUAAAAAGAAGAUGGAGUACAAAGCGUAGAACGAAAGAUCUCGAUCUGAUCGAUCAAGAUAUCCUGCCAGAGAAUUCAAAGAAAUUAAUCAAUCAGGAAGUUGACUUUGAUAAACCAGGAGCUGCUCAACAUUACUGUGUACAUUGUGCCCGAUAUUUCAUAAACAUAACAGCUUUGGAAGAUCAUUUCAGAACCAAAGUUCACAAGCGAAGGCUUAAGGCUUUGGAAUUGGAGCCUUACACUAUUGAGGACUCACAACGUGCAGCUGGAUUUGGCAGCUGGAAAGCUCCCGUUAAAAGGAAGAUUGCUACAAUCACCAAACAGGAAGAGGAAUCUGAUUCUGGGGAGUCUAGUAAAAGAAUGAAAAUUGAUGACGAUGAUGAUGGUGAUUCAUAAAAGGUUUAAUUUUAUUAAUUUUAAGAUUAGUUUGAGAAGAUGGUAUGGUUCAGCUUUGUAUGUAACUGGAGACAAAGCUCAAAAAACUUUCGCAGUGCUAACCCCUGUAAUAGAUUUUGAUAAUCAGACUCAACAUAUACACAAUUUAAAGCAGAAUGUAGCAAGACGGCAAUUAGAAAUUGACAUAGAUCAAAUUGUGAGAAGAUGGAAUUUUUUUCAGAAUAUCUGUGAGCGUAAAAAAAAUCUGGAAACUACUAGAUCGGAAAUAGGUAAGGCUGUAGCAGAUUUACUCAAAAAUGAGGCUGCAAAUCAGGAACAAAUUGAAAAGUUGAAAUUGCAUGCCAGGGUUGUGAAGGAUGAUCUCAAAAACCUGAAAGAAACUUUUUAUGAAAUCGAGGAAAGUACAGUGUUGAAAGUUUUGGAUCUCCCAAACACUCUGCAUGAGAAAACACCUGAAAAUGAAGCUGUAGUAUAUUGUAGCCCAGGUUCUGAAAUUGCU